AUGCCCCCCCCCCGCAACCCAAAGGCAGAUCAGCUACCCGAUGUCGCCAAGGCCUUUGAGGACGUUGGUAUCGAGGCGCACAUGUUUGCUAGCCAGUGGCUCCUUACUCUCUUCACGGCCAAAUUUCCGCUCAAUUUGGUCUUCCACAUCCUCGACGUCUUCCUCUGUGAGGUCAGUUUGAUGCGGCUGUCUGUCCAUCCGCCUCCCGCCUCCUUUUUUUUACGCUCACACCUCUCCAGUUUUGUUUUUCUGUUCUUCUAUUGGAAGCAGGCGUUGCCGAGGCAACGCUUUAGCCAACUUCCAUCUCACGACACGUGCGCGCAUUGCAGACCGGUGGUGAAAGCAAACGCGCUAAACACCUGUAAACGGUAA